AUGGGCCCUACCACAGCUCGCAUCCUUCGCCUCGUGCCCGUUGUCGCCGUGUUCCUCCUGGCCUCCCCCGCCUCCGCCUCCUCCGUGGACGCGGCCACGAUCGUGUCCAUCUCGCCGUGCCUGCCGCACGUGGUGCCCGUGGCGCCGCCGCUGACUGUCUCCCCGCCCGCAGCCACCGACGCCUGCUGCGUCGCCUUCCUCCGCGCCGUAUCCCUGUCGGCGGCGGGAGGCGGAGAGGAGGGCUGCCUAUGCCACCUGCUCCGUAACCCGCCUCUCCUUGGCUUCCCCAUCGACGCCGCCCGCCUCGCCGCGCUCCUCGGGAAACGCCUUUGCCGCCGCCACCGUGGAGGCCGCCACCCUCUUCGCCGACGCCUGCCGUGGUGA